AUCUGCCUAUUACAGCUGAGAUUUCAAAUCUUGAAGUUUUUUGAACCAAUUUUGAAAUUGUGAUGUGAAACUUACCUUUAUUAAAUAUUGAUUCAGUUAUUUAUGAUCUUUUAUUUUUGCAAAAAUUGAAUUAUCAAUUAAGAUUCCUUUUUUGCUUGCUUUGUACUGUUGAUUGAACAUCAAGAGUGAUUUUUUUCAUUUAGCAAUGGAUCAACCAAUGGAGGAGCCUUCGGAGGAACCAAUGGCUGAUGAAACUGUUGUGGGUUCGCUUGAGGACGAAGCAAAAAGACGGAAAGAAAGACUAAUGGCAUGGAAAUCUAAAAGUGCUACCAAAGAUACUCAAUCCGGUGAACAAUCCAAAGAAAAUGUUUUACCAAAACCAAAAUUUAGAAACUAUAAUCCUCACGAUGAAAGUUUGGCAGUGAUUAAAGCUGAAACUGGAAAACUAGCAUCUGUUGAAGAUUUGAUUAAAGAUCAAUUAGAAGCAGCUAAACCACAACCUGUCGCUGAAACAAUUGAUUUGAAUAAUUUGACUCCUAGAAAAAUUGAUUGGGACUUGAAAAGAAACAUCGCAAAAAAGUUGGAUAAACUUGAAAGGAGGACAAAAAGAGCGAUGGCAGAAUUGAUUCGUGAAAAGUUGAAGGGCGAACAAUCUAUUAAAGCAAUCGAAAAUUAAAGUUAAAAAUUCAUUGAUUUAAUAAAACUAUUUAUUUUAUUACAAGUUGACAUUUAAAAAACAAAUUAAAAUCGGGAAAAAAUUUUACAUGUUGGAAUACUCUGAAGAUGGCGUUACUGAUUCUUAAACCUUUUUGCGUUUAUUUUAUUUUUACACUCAUCAACAGACAAUAAGUAAGUUGAAAAUAAACAAAUUCAUUAUCUUGUUUGGUUCUAAUUUUUAAAAUUUCUGUACCAUUUUAUAUUUACUCUGUUCAUUUGAUGACCUCCAUUCUUGAUUCACUCAGGUAGCCAUGGAUCAUGAUUAUUUGCGUGAUACUAUUGCCCCAGCUCCAUCUCCAAGGAAAAUGAGCAAAAAGUCUACUCAACGUAGUAACAUUUGGAAAUAUUUCAUUAAACAAGCCAAUGGAACUCAAGCAAAUUGUCUUUUAUGCAGGAAAUUGUUCAAUUGUUCACAUGGAACAUCAAAUCUUCAUAAACAUUUGCAUAAAAUACAUCCCAUCGAGUCAUCAUCAGUUGCUGAGGAAAACCAAGAAAAAUCAACAGAACAGUUGAUCUACCUUAUUCUUUGAUCUCUAAACUCUGAAGAAAAAUUAAUCAAAUUGGAAGCCUGAUAGGAUUGAGGCCAACAUUCUUAAUGUAUCACAAUAAACAUGUUUUUUCCAUA